AUGGAAGAAAAUGAAGAAGUCGAAAAAACGCCAUUGACAGAUACCGUCGUCUACAUUUGUAUAAUUGCAGGUUCUGCUGGUUUAAUGUAUGGAUACGAUACCGCGGUUUCAGGAGGUGUAAUGAUGAUGAAGCCAUUUCUGAAAAAAUUCUUCCCGGCGAUUCUGUUGAAGAUGAUAGAUAACGAUAUGAAACAAGACCAAUAUUGUAGAUUCAAUAGCCAUAGAUUAACGGCGUUUAUCUCGUCGAUGUUCAUCGCUGGAUUGGUAUCGUCGUUGUUAGCUGGUCGUGUGACGAGUUUGAUCGGACGAAAGCUUAGCUUGAUUACGAGCGGAAUCCUGUUCUUGACCGGAAAUGGCCUUGAAGUUUUCGCACAGAACCUCGCUAUGCUUAUCGCCGGCCGCCUCUUCGUAGGGUUUGGAGUUGGCUUCGCUAAUCAGGCUGCUCCGGUUUACAUAACAGAAAUGGCACCAUCAAAAUGGCGAGGAACGCUCAACACGGCUUUUCAAUUCUUUGUAUGUUGCGGGAGUGUACUCGCGAGCAUAAUCAAUUUCGGUGCAAGCCACUCAAACACCAAUCUUGGCUGGCGGCUUGCGUUGGGAUACGCGAGCCUGCCAGCCACCCUCUUAAUUAUUGGGGCUAUAUUUAUCCCCGACACCCCGUCCAGUUUGAUCCAACGGGACAAGCUGGACGAGGCGUUGACCACACUGUCUAGAGUGCGGUCAACUAAGGCCGAAGCCGAGGCGGAGCUAAAAGACCUGGUUAGCUCCACCGAGGCCAUCAAAUUGAAUACCCAGAAUCCAUAUCUAAAGAUAUUGGAGCUGCGGUACCGUCCACAACUGAUAUUGACCGUGGCGAUUGCGGGUUUUCAGCAGUUGACUGGGGUGGGUAUGGUGGCGCUUUAUGCACCGGUGGUGAUGAGGACUAUCGGGAUGGGGACGGAAGAGUCGUUGUUAGCUGCGGUGGUGAUUGGGUUUGUGAAUUUGGUGUCGGUACUCAUGUCAACUUGUAUGGUUGAUAAGAUCGGAAGACGGUUUUUGUUUAUAGGUGGCGGUAUACAAAUCAUUUUCUCUCAGGUAUUUAUCGCAUGCACACUAGCCAUUCAAUCACAAAUCGUGAUCGAGGGGUUUCCAAAAAACUACGGGGUGGUGGUCCUAGUCCUAAUGUGUCUCAUCUCAUCGGCAUUCGGAUGGUCAUGGGGCCCGCUUACAUGGCUCGUACCGAGUGAAAUUCUACCAAUCGAGGUCCGUGCAGCAGGAACCGGCAUAAGCGUUGCAACAAAUCUGUUAAUCACUUUUAUCCUGGCUCAGUUAUCGAUGGCGAUGUUAUGUUAUAUGAAAUUUGGGUUGUUUUUGUUUUAUGGUGCCACGACUUUGCUUAUGACUAUGGUUAUCGGUGUCUUUUUGCCCGAAACCAAAGGGGUCCCACUUGAAUCGAUGGAGAGUGUAUGGAAUGAGCAUUGGUUUUGGAAAUGGGUUCUUUCUAGUUAGAUUCUUUUGCAAAUGUUUAAUGUUGAAUUUCCCUCCAAAUUUUAGAUCCCUCCAAACUUAGCAACGAAAACGGUUUGGUAGCAAAUUAUGAGACAAUUGUGAUGGGUAAUCAUUCUGCAACGAACUCCACAGCAUCUUUCUAUGUGAUGCUUUCCCUCCGAAUUUAGCAAAGGGAUACAACAUUGCUAUGGACAAAUAGACAAUCACUACAUGUCAGAAUUACUAGGAAAGUUUUG